GCGGCCGAGUGCGAACGGGGACUGCGAUUUGGGUGUGAGCGGCGAGGCGCCUGCGCGGUGUCCGGGCCCCUGAGCCGCGGCGCUGAGCCAGCCGGGACGGACAUGCGCGGGAGGGCGCCGUGGGGCAGCCGCGGCUCCGCGGGGGAGUGAGAGCUGCUGGUUGGCUACAGAUCCCUUAGCCUCACGCGUUUGGAGACAUCCCAGAAUAAGGCACAAUGUCAACAGCCGGAGUUGCUGCUCAGGAGAUGAGAGUCCCCUUGAAAACCACAUUUCUGCAUGAUGGCCAGGCCGUGGGGAAUAUGAAGGCCUGCUGGGGCAGUCGCCGUGAGUUUGAGAAUAACUUUUUAAAUAUUGACCCAAUAACCAUGGCGUACAGUCUCAACUCUACCACUCAGGAGCACCUCACAUCUAUUGGGCGUGCUCCGAAGUCUGUUCUGGUGAAUGAUGACCUCUUUGCAGAGAGUGGUACCCCUCCAAAGUCCAGCUUGCCCCCUCUUAUUAUUCCCCCAAGUGAAAACUUGGCACAUGAAGAGGAUCAAGUUGUGUGUGGUUUUAAGAAACUCUCGGUAAAUGGUGUUUGCGCUUCUACUCCUCCACUCACACCCAUAAAGACCUCACCUCCCCUCUUCCCCGGCACAGCUGCCUGUGAGCGGGGUUCACGGCCCCUUCCACCACUGCCCAUCUCCGAAGACCUCUGCCUGGACGAGACAGACUGUGAGGUAGAAUUCCUAACUAGCUCAGAUACAGACUUCCUUUUAGAGGACUGUACACUUUCUGACUUCAAAUACGAUAUUCCUGGCAGGCGAAGCUUCCGAGGGUGCGGACAGAUCAACUAUGCAUAUUUUGAUACCCCAGCAGUUUCUGCGGCAGACCUCAACCAGGCAACUGACCUAAAUGGAGGCGUGCAGAAUUCAGACCCUCCUCCGCCUCAGACCCACCGACGACUGAGAAGGUCCCACUCGGGGCCAGCUGGGUCCUUUAACAAGCCAGCCAUAAAGAUAUCCAGCUACAUACACAGAGCUUCUCCAAACUCCGAUGAAGACAAACCUGAGGUGCCCCCCAGGGUUCCCAUACCUCCCAGGCCAGUGAAGCCAGAUUAUAGAAGGUGGUCAGCAGAAGUUACUUCUAGCACCUACAGUGAUGAAGACAGGCCUCCCAAAGUACCACCGAGAGAACCUUUAUCCCGGAGUAACUCCCGCACACCGAGUCCUAAAAGCCUGCCAUCUUACCUCAACGGGGUCAUGCCCCCAACCCAGAGCUUUGCCCCAGACCCCAAGUAUGUCAGCAGCAAAGCUCUGCAGAGACAGAACAGCGAGGGGUCUGCCAAUAAGGUUCCUUGCAUUCUGCCCAUUAUUGAAAACGGGAAGAAGGUUAGUUCAACACAUUAUUACCUACUACCUGAGAGACCACCAUACCUGGACAAAUACGAAAAGUUCUUUAGGGAAGCAGAGGAAACAAACACCAGCACCCAGGUUCAGCCAUUACCUGCCGACGGCAGUAUAGUUCCAGCCGCAGAAAAGCUGGACUCAAAAACAAAAGUGGACCUAGGUGGCCACGUGAAGCGCAAACAUCUGUUGUAUGUGGUUUCUCCAUAGACUUUGGGUUCAUGGUCCAGCGGUGGUUCCGUGGAGGAAAUGGCUUCUGCUUUGCCUAAGCGUCACAGGAAAAUGUUUCAGAUUACGGAGUAAAAUAGUUUAACUCUCUGUCUUAAAGGAAAAGGUUUAGCACAGUCAUGAGGUGCUGUGCAGAGGAGCCCUGAUUGUGUGUGUGAGAAGUCUACUCAAGUCUCUAAUUUAAAGAUGUGAUGGUGGGAGGGAUGGAUGGGGAAACCUUUACGUACACAUACGUUGUAUACCUAUAUAUACUCAUGGUAUAACCCUAGACUGUAGUUGCAGGUUAACCAAUUAGUUACUAUCUUAGAGUAAUAUAUAUUCAGAAUUAUAAAAACUCAAGCUGGAGAAUGACUCCUGAUAGACUGAAAAUUGAGCAAAUGGAAGAAAAUACAGUAUUGUUUAGAUCAGAAUCAUAAAAAGGAAAUAUUUUUGCUUAGUAAGUCUGAAGAUUUAUGGCUCUAAGGCCAGUUAUAUUUUGUUUCAUUUAUUUUUGCGAGCAGUGUUCCAUGGAGGGCAGGGUGCACAUUCUUACCAUGACUCUAUCUACCAAGUGUAAAAAUGGUCCUGAGACCCAAAUGCUUGCAGGUUUCACUUUGUUUUGUUGAGGGGAGUCAGAGCAGUUUCUUCAGCAACCAUAUUUUCACCUGUACAAUGUCCCAUCUUGACAAAUGAGAUGAUAAUAGAAUUAGUUAAGUACUUUUUCCUUAUAAUUCCUGCUUUGUUCCAGCCACUGAAAUGGCCCAUUGUAGCAUGUGCCUCACAGAAGCAGCAGGACACAGGAGGCUCAUGGGGGAAGCACCCUGUUCGCGGUGCUGAGGAUGCCAGUUCAAGCAAUGAUGAAACAGCUAUGUGAUGGAGCAAUAUUGUGUGGGGAUGGAUGUGUGUUGUGGUUUUCCGUUUGUUUUUUUUAGACUGUAUUAAUAAACAAAUACAACACAAGCUGGCCUUGUGUUGCUGGUUCCUAUUCAGUAUUUCUUGGGGAUUGUUUGCUUUUUAAGUAAAACACUUCUGACCAAUAGCACAGCAUGUCUUAACUUCAGAGGUCACGUCAGCAUCUUCCUGCUCCUCAGACCCUCACGGGCGGCUGCUUCAGAGACUCAGUGAGACACGUAGCUUGUGUUCAUCUCUUCACAUGCUUCAAUGUACUUGUCUUGUACAGAUAAGCACAAACGAGAAGGUGCUCGCUAACAGAGGAACAUUACUACAAUGUUCUCUUAACAGUUAAACAGGCUGUUUACAGUUUAAACUGCUGAAAGAUAUUUGAGCUAUUUAAAGCUUGUAUUUUAGUAUGAACUAAAUGAAGGUAAAACAUGCUUUAGAAAAAUGCACUGAUUUUCUGCAUUAUAUGUACAGUAUUGGACAAAGGAUUUUAUUCAUUUUUGUUGCAUUAUUUUGAAUAUUGUCUUUUCAUUUUAAUAAAGUUAUAAUACUUAUUUAUGA